AUGACAUCUGAAGAUGCUAUAACCACAUUUGUGGACCAUUAUUGUGAAACAUGGCACUUUUGGGAACGGGCUGCAGUUACUGCAGAGCAGCAAUGUAAGAACGCGCUUGCUCAAAGCGGAAUCCGUCAGAUCACUACCCACCGCACAAAGGAUCCGGAACGACUGAGGGCAAAAUUGCUGAAGCGACAGGCGCAAGAUCCAGGAAAGUACACUGGCGAGAAAUCAAUUAAAAAGGACAUAGUGGAUCUUGCCGGAGUACGCGUUGCUCUUUAUUUCCCAGAUGACCGUUUUAAAGUGAAGGAAAUACUUUGUUCUGUGUUUAACGUUGAGGAAAUCAGACACUUUCCUCGAAAAGAAGACGACACUCAGGAACUGCUUGUCAACGGCGGCAUGGAAUAUAAUGCUGAGUCAACACAAGUAUAUCACCGGGAAUUUGAAGGGUACCGGGCGGAUCAUUACAGGGUUCAUUUGCGCGACCUAGAGCUGAAUUCGGACGGUGUCUUACAAAGGAAACUCGUUGAUGCCAGGAUCGAGAUACAGGUGGCGACGUUACUAAUGCACGCAUGGGCGGAGGUGUACCAUGACCUUGGCUACAAGCCAACUGAUGGACUAGUCUCUCUAGAUGAGCAUCGACUUUUGGAUGGCAUCAAUGGACUGGUCAGCGCCGGUGAAUUAUUCUUGAAACAGCUGCAGAGAGCCGGCCAGAGAAGAAUAACCAACACGGAGCAGAGGUUUGCCAAUCACUAUGAACUGGGCGCCUUUGUGCAGAAGAGCCUUUUCCCUGCCUUUGCCGUUGGUCCUAUGGAUGUUGUUUUUACUGUUCUAAAGGGCCUUGAAAUGGACUCGCCCAAGGCUCUAGGGCCAGCUUUGACCAGUUGGGUACAACAUUCAACAGAUCCUUCAGACGUCUUGGGACUGUUGCAUCACAUCUUCUUUAAACGGGUGAUAACAGAUGGAACUAAAGGGGAUAACGGGAAGGUUCGAGAUAUACAGGACCGGGUAGCAAAGGGGACAUCGACAGAGGAUGAUGAGCUGAAACAAAAGAUACUGUUUAGUGCAGUUGAUCUGUAUGAUGCACUGUCACAAAGAAUGGGGCAGCCACCGGUUCUCCAGAAGGCUGGAGCUUCUCCAGGCCUAGGCCGUUUUCAGACACUCUAUAGUAUUAUCGGUCGCCGCCGGCCUGGCGAAGAUGAAGCAGCCGAAAAGAAUAAAGCAGUUGAAGAACUGUGGGCAUGGUUUGAGGACAACCAGGACCUGAAAUCCAAAGUGUCCUUCGGCAUAGCUGCAUUGCAAAUGCAAUCAAUCAUGGACGAAAUAGUACAACCACGUACUACUCCACGAGAAGCGUGGAAAGCCGCUCCUUAUCCGGAUCUCUCUGUCCCAGUACCACAAAUGAGAACCGGAGCUCCUGCAACAGCAUACCCUGGAGCAAGCCGGAGAUUGAGUGUGGCCCUUGAAGAUGGAACCGGCUUCGCAUCCCAUUUGCAAGAAUACCAACGGCAGUCCUCUCGAUCACAAAUAAAUCAAGGGAAAUAUUAG